AGUCCGUCUAGCUGUGGCGUGUGGGGCUGUCGUGCAACUUUCCAUUCCCAUUCGUUGGGAUCUACUUCGGUCGCGCGGUUGUAUGGUGCAUAUCUCGCUUGUCGGGCGACGCUACUCAGCAUCCCAGAGUGCGGUUCACGGUCGGUUCCGGUUCUGCUUUGUCGUUGCCUGGGGUAAGUGGGGAGGCAAGGCGAAACGUGUUUCGAGUUUGCAUACGCAGUGUAACGUAGGAAUUUGAGGAUUGUGUUUUUUCGGUAGGCCACCGCAAUGUCACGACUCUGCCGAAAUUAAGUGACUGUAAUUGACGGUGAAGAGAGUGGUCUGUGUCGUGUUGUGCGUAGCAAAAUCGUGACGGAAAUCGUAAAAUUUAUUUUCAGUGAGUUGGUCAUUCUUGGAAGCUGUCUUGGAAGAUCGUCAUUUGGAACCACGCGACAGUAGAAGCCAAGCCUGGCGAACUUCGCGAGACAGCCAGCGUUUAUUGUGUUGUUGUAGCCGAAUUGGGAACACAAAGAGAGGUCGGGGAACUGGAGUAUCCGUUAUUUGCGGAACGGGAACUGACGCUUUCAUCUCCGGUCGGGUCUGAGUUGGGAAAGAAAGAGCACACCUCCAGGAGAGAAAGAACUUCGCAAAAGUGCGCGCUCGAAGGCGAAGGUGGUUGUCCCCACAGCAUCCCCAGACGUUGCAUUGAAGUCAGCUGUUUGCAUCUCGGGGCCAACAAAGCACCCGUAAGCGUGAAAACUAGACACGAGACGAGCCUGGAAAUACCUAUGCCGCAGAGGAAGUAGACUAUGGCCAGGCAUGAUGGCGGUGGUGAUGGUUAUGGUCAGCCACUGAAGUAUGAUCCCGAGUUCCAAGGACCCCUAUCGAAGCGGUCUUGCACGGAUAUUCCGUGUCUUUUUCUGUUCAUCGCCUUCCUAGCGGGCUGGGGAGCGGUGGCCUACUACGCGCUUCAUAAUGGCGACUUGGAACGGCUGCUCGUCCCGACCGAUUCGAACGGUCUCAAAUGUGGUGUAGAUAGUGAGGUUCAGAAAGAACCCUACUUGGUGUUCUUCGAUAUAAGUGAGUGUGCCAAAUACGAUGUUCCACUGUACGGCUGCAAGACUCCGCAGGUUUGCGUCCAGGAAUGUCCCACCGAAGAUUUCCGGUUCGAUUUAAACAAUUGCAAUGGCAAUUCCCUCAGUACCAUACGAUCGCAGUUGAUUUGCGAUCGAAAUGUGCAGAAAGAUCAGCUCACCUGCAAUGACAUUCAAUCGCUUAUCGAUCGAAACCGUUGUGCUAAGUAUUAUCGCAAAAGCGUUCCAUUCGCUAAGCGAUGCAUCUCGGACUUACCAGAAUCCGAGUGUCCCUACAUUCCACCAAAGUACCAGCUAGCUCCGUCCCCAAAAGAAGACUUCCGAUCCGGCAAACAACUGUCCGCCGAGAUGCGAGACUGUGCCAACCAGCGGCGCCGAGGCCGGCAAUUGCUGGUCGAUCGCGUUACCAAACUGCAGUCCUACUUUGCCCGCUACGUGGAUAACUUGCUGUCGCACGUUACCAACGAUACCAGUGUUCACCAGACCGGUCAGAUGGUUGUGGAGGACAUCCUGCAGUCGUGGCGCAUGGUGAUCGUAUUCCUCGUGGUAUCCCUAUUUGCCAGUUUGAUCUUCAUCACGAUGCUCCGUUGGAUCGCUAAGCCGAUGGUGUGGAUUUCGAUUCUCGGUGUCAUCGCCGCCAUUUGCUACGGUGUGUACUACAGCUACGAGCAGUACAACUAUAUCAGUCAGCAUCCGGUUGAAAGCCACGUCAACGUUUCGCCCAAUCUGAGUUCACUGGUCAACUCGUGGUUCAAAUCGGACCAGACCUGGCUGUGGAUACUGAUCAUCCUGUCGAUCGUACUGGUGGUGCUGUUGCUAGUUAUUCUAGUCCUCCGGAAGCGCAUCGUGAUCGCCAUCGCGCUGGUCAAAGAAGGCAGCAAGGCCGUCAGUGCAAUCUUCUCGACCGUGUUCUUCCCGAUCAUCCCGUGGGCACUGCAUAUUGUGGUGAUUAUGUUUUCGGUCUUGGUCGGCUUGUACCUUGCAUCAAUCGGAGAAUCUAUCCAUCGGGUGUACGGGUUGAACGCUUCGGUGUCUUGCGUAUGUGACAACGGUUACCGGGAUGGAGACAUCUGCAAUCCGACAGUGUUCAACGAUCAUUGUCGGAACUCGUUGAUAAGGGCGCCGGAUGCUCGCUGCACCGACGCGGCCUGUCACUUUCAGGAAAUCAGUAGCCCCAAGGAGGUCGGAUAUUUCCAUGCCGUCAACGUGCUUGGAUUCUUCUGGGGGAUUUGCUUCGUGUCAGCGUUCGGUGAUAUGGUUUUGGCGUUCACCUUCGCCACUUGGUAUUGGACAUUCCGAAAAAAGGAAUUGCGAUUCUUCGUGCUGACAACGGGAUUUUUGCGAACGGUUCGCUACCACCUGGGCACAUUGGCAUUCGGAUCGCUAAUCAUCGCCAUCUGUAAGAUCAUCCGGGCUUUGCUGGAGUACAUCGAUCACAAGCUGCGAAAGUACGACAACGGAGUGGUGAAGGCUGUGCUGUGUCUGUGCAAGUGCUGUUUCUGGUGCCUGGAGAGUUUCCUCAAGUUCCUGAACACUAACGCGUACAUCAUGUGUGCGAUCCACGGGAAGAACUUCUGCUCCAGCGCUAAGGAUGCGUUCAGUCUGCUGGCAAGGAAUAUCCUAAGGGUGAUUGCGCUGGACAAGGUGACAGGGUUUCUGUUCUUUUUGUCGAAACUGCUGUUAGCCUGUGGAAUGGCGGCGGUGACUUACACGUUCUUUGACAGUGGACCGACGAAACCGCUGCACUAUCCGUUCGUACCGGCGAUUUUGGUAUUCGUCGGGACGUACGUGAUCGCGUCGGUUUUCUUCAGUGUGUACUCCGUGGCGGUGGAUACAUUGUUCCUGUGUUUCUUGGAAGACUGUGAACGAAAUGACGGCAGCCAGGAGAAGCCCUACUACAUGUCCAAGAGCUUGAUGAAGAUUCUGGGAAAAAAGCAGAAAUUCGACACAUCUCGUUGAACAAACCAAAGUCGGAAUCGAUCAUCUAAACUGAUGUUAGUACGUAGCAAUCAUUGUAAGUGAUAAGGCCAAAGUGAAUAUUUAAAGUUCCCAAUCCCACGAACAAGAAACAAAAAAAAACGAAUGGUGCAAUCAAAACGGCAGAUAUAUGUUUAGACAGAAUAGAUCAAAGAGAGCUAGGAACAUUAUGUAGAGGAAUAAGACUUAUCCCGAACUCAUUUCAGCUCAGCGUGAUUUUGUCUAAUUAGGAAUGGGAUUGAAUCACGAAUCAACCAGUUGUAUGUUUGUAUGCAUAUUUCUCAACUUCAUGACCGAAGUUAAACAUACUUCGUAUUCACAGAAACAUAAAGCUGUAAGGGAUACGUAUUUUGAUAUAAACCUAUUUAUAUGAGUCAACAUAUUAGCUCUAGUUGUUAAGUGGAUCGCAUGUGAAAAAGUUAUUGUGUUUCAAGAAAAAAGAAUGAAAUGUGAUUGACAGUGAUAGUCAGAGAUGGAUUAAUAAUAUAUUGAAGUGAAGUAAAGAAUAUACCUCGAUGAA